CUCCUUCCUCUGAUUGGCUACAAAUGUUGUGCCAAAGGAGUUUGUGGCGGGUUAUUUCAGUUAUUCGCGCUUUAUCCUCCUCAUUUGAAGUCAGCGGCGGUUGCUAGCGUAAAAUAUUGUAUUAUUGUACCGCUACAUUCUAAGCUAUAUACAGUAUUAGUGUUAUUCUUAUAUUUCGCACUUUCUCUGGCAAGAAAACAACCCUUGUCAACAUGCAUGUGAUAAAGCGAGAUGGGCGCCAAGAGCGUGUCAUGUUUGACAAGAUCACCUCCCGCAUCCAGAAGCUGUGCUAUGGACUCAACUCUGACUUUGUCGAUCCAACCCAGAUCACCAUGAAGGUCAUCCAAGGUCUGUACAAUGGGGUCACCACAGUGGAGCUGGACACGCUGGCUGCAGAGAUCGCUGCCACACUCACCACCAAACACCCAGACUAUGCCAUCCUGGCUGCCCGCAUCGCAGUCUCCAACCUGCACAAGGAGACCAAGAAGGUUUUCAGCGAUGUGGUGGAGGAUCUAUACAACUAUGUCAACCCGCUAAACAAACGGCACUCUCCCAUGGUCGCCAAGGAAACACUCGACAUUGUCCUAGAAAACAAGGACCGCCUCAACUCGGCCAUUAUCUUUGACCGGGACUUCUCCUAUAACUUCUUUGGAUUCAAGACACUUGAGCGGUCCUAUUUGCUGAAAAUUGAUGGGAAAGUUGCUGAGCGACCACAGCACAUGCUCAUGAGGGUGGCAGUUGGGAUUCAUAAGACUGACAUUGAUGCUGCCAUCGAGACUUACAACCUGCUGUCAGAGAAGUGGUUCACCCACGCUUCCCCCACACUCUUCAAUGCUGGCACCAACCGCCCACAGCUGUCUAGCUGUUUCCUGCUGGCCAUGAAGGACGACAGCAUCGAGGGCAUCUACGACACCCUGAAGCAGUGUGCCCUAAUCUCAAAAUCAGCAGGGGGCAUCGGAGUGGCAGUCAGCUGCAUCAGAGCCACGGGCAGCUACAUCGCUGGGACAAAUGGCAAUUCCAAUGGGCUUGUUCCCAUGCUCCGAGUGUACAACAACACAGCACGCUACGUGGACCAGGGAGGCAACAAGAGACCUGGUGCGUUUGCCAUGUACCUGGAGCCAUGGCACUUUGAUGUGUUUGACUUCUUGGACCUGAAGAAGAACACGGGGAAGGAAGAGCAGAGGGCCAGAGAUCUGUUCUACGCCAUGUGGAUCCCUGACCUCUUUAUGAAGAGAGUGGAGAGCAACCAGGACUGGUCCCUGAUGUGCCCCAGUGACUGCCCUGGACUGGAUGAGUGCUGGGGGGAGGAGUUUGAGAAUCUCUAUACCAGGUAUGAGCAAGAGGGUCGUGUGAAGCGGGUGGUAAAGGCCCAACAGGUGUGGCACGCCAUCAUUGAGUCCCAGACUGAGACGGGCACCCCCUACAUGCUCUACAAGGACGCCUGCAACAGGAAAAGUAACCAUCAGAACCUGGGAACCAUCAAGUCCAGUAACCUCUGUACCGAGAUUGUAGAGUACACCAGCCAUGAUGAGGUGGCAGUGUGUAACCUGGCGUCAAUCGCCCUCAACAUGUACGUCACCCCAGAGAAAACAUUUGACUUCAACAAGCUAGCCUAUGUCACCAAGGUCAUCGUUAGGAACCUUAACAAGAUCAUCGAGAUCAACUACUACCCUGUGAUCGAGGCUGAGAACUCCAACAAGCGCCACAGGCCCAUUGGUAUUGGUGUCCAGGGUCUGGCUGAUGCCUUCAUUCUGAUGCGUUUCCCCUUUGAGAGUGCUGAGGCCCAGAAGCUCAACACUCAGAUAUUUGAGACCAUCUACUACGCUUCUCUGGAGUCCAGCUGUGAGCUGGCUGCUGAGCUUGGUGCCUACCAAACCUACCCAGGCUCCCCUGUCAGCAAAGGAAUCCUUCAGUAUGACAUGUGGGACAAAACCCCAACUGACCUGUGGGACUGGAAACUUCUCAAGGAAAAGAUUGCCAAGCAUGGUGUCAGGAACAGUUUGCUGCUGGCCCCUAUGCCCACCGCCUCCACAGCCCAGAUCCUGGGCAACAAUGAGUCCAUCGAGCCCUACACCAGUAACAUUUACACCCGCAGAGUCCUCUCUGGGGAGUUCCAGAUUGUGAACCCCCACCUGUUGAAGGACCUAACAGAGCGAGGGCUGUGGAACGAGGAGAUGAAAAACCAGCUGAUUGGUCAGAACGGAUCCAUCCAGGGCAUUGCUGAGAUCCCAGAUGACCUGAAGGAGCUGUAUAAGACUGUGUGGGAGAUCUCCCAGAAGACUAUUCUGAAGAUGGCUGCUGACCGCGGUGCCUUCAUAGACCAGAGCCAGUCCCUCAACAUCCACAUCGCUGAGCCCAACUACGGCAAGCUCACCAGCAUGCACUUCUACGGCUGGAAGCAGGGUCUGAAGACAGGCAUGUACUACCUGAGGACCAAGCCUGCAGCCAACCCCAUCCAGUUCACCUUGAACAAGGAGAAGCUGAAAGAGUCUCUGUCGGUUAAGAACGAGGAGGAGAUCAAGGAGCUCAACAGAGCCGCUAUGGUGUGUUCCCUGGAGAACCGUGACGACUGCCUGAUGUGUGGCUCUUAGACCGGCCCAUAACUCCUUCUCCUAUCCUCACUUUUAGUUAAUUAACUAUUGCGGUGGACCACUGAACUCCUCAAUAUCAUUGAACCCCACUCUGAUUGUCUUUAGGCCAGUUAAUGGCAUAGUUAUCUGCCCUGAUCUCAGAUCAUAGGCUCACGCUUGGGGUUUAUAGAUCAGGCUAUAAUGGUUGUUUUGUGGGCAUGCUACUGUAGCCUAAGUAGUGCUGUACAUGGUGCGCUUUUGUCUGCCUUAUCACAGAUUAUUAACUGUAGGCAGUUUUCUAUUUAUCGCUCUUGGGGACACUGUCUGCUUGAUUUGUAUAGAAUUCGGUGUUUAAAAAAAAAAAAAUGAAAGUGUGAACUCCAUUGUUAGUAUGUAAAUCUAAGGAUUUCAUCAUUUGAAUUUCAUUCAAGAAGUUAACUUCAAUGGUGUAUUAUUUGUAUUGGGUGCUUUGUAAUUAAGUUUUGACAUUCA